AUGCCGGAAUGGAGUAGUCCAGUCGAACUGGAAAAGGACGGGCUCGUAUUCAUUCGAUUGAAUAGCCUUGUUGCGGGUGUUAUGAUCUGGGACUGCGUCUCGACAUUAGAAUAUGAAUGGGGAGUCUGGUUGGGUCAGCGGAAGUAUCUUUGGACCAUCUGGCUUUACUCUAGCUGCCGCUUCUUGCUGUUCAUCUUCUCCGCGCUUAUGCUGAUCGCCCAAGCCACCAUUGAGAGUAAUUGCACGGUCCUCGCUCUGACUAUUGCUGUCGUCUCAUAUCUCAAUCUGUCUAUCACAGCUCUCCUGCUAGCUCUCCGAACCAUCGCCGUUUGGGAGCGCAGAAGGAUAGUGCUCUUCCUAUCUCACGGGCUAGUCGCAGUAUGCUUCUGCGUCAAUCUCGGAAGUCUAGCUCUGGACGCCCGAGUCUUGCAAGUGAUCAAGUCAGGGACUCUCGAUCUGCAGGGUUGUUCCGGGACGAAGACGAACUCGCGACUGGCAGUCGUGAUAACCGUCUUGGGAACGGACGGUAUAUUGAUCGGGAUGAUGAUGACGGGCUUGGUCCGCAUGCCGAAGGAGAUUCGACGAGGUAUUAUUAAACACCUGUAUAUGUCGGGAUUACUAUGGAUGAUGCUCGUCGUCGCCGUAGAGGUCCCCGUUUUCGUGCUCAAUGUGCUGGAUCUUAACGGUACAAUGAACGAUAUGCUUUCGUCCGUCGCCAUCGCAGGGGCCUCUAUAUGCGCUACCCGCCUAUACCGUAGUCUCGCAGAAUGGACCCACGAUAUCGAAAGUGUCAAUGUGCCAGUGACAAUGGAGUCCAUGCACUUCCAAACGCGUGAAGAAACAGCCGAUCGCACGGUCAUUGCGUCGACUUCUUCUUGGUGA